CUGCGAUUUGGGUGAAGCACUCUUUUUACUUGGAGUUGAAUUUCAGUAAGUUUAGUGAAGAUAUGGAAGCGUGCCAUCCACACAUUAAUAAAGAUUGCCUCAUUCAUAUUUUUACUUUCUUUGAUUACAACCAAUUGAUUAACGCCUCAAGUGUUUCUCAGGACUGGCAUGAAGCUGCGGAGACUUCCUGGUUGUGGAGGCGGCUGUGCCUUCAGCACUGGGGUUUUUGCAACGUGGCGGUGGUUGGAUGUGAGAACCAGAGACAAGCAUGGAAGAGAUACUUCCUACGACGCUCCCACCUGGAGGAGAAGAUGUCCAAAGGGCGGGCCGGUGCUGACUUCACCUGCAAUAGUCUGAGAGGCCAUACAGGCAGGGUGGUGGGCUUGGUGUACUUGGAGGGCACCGAGGCCCGUUUCGCUGACGUCGGCAGCGGAAACGCCACCAUCUGCACCGCCUCCACCGACGGAACCGUCCGGGCCUGGGAUGUCCAAAAGGGGGAACAGUUGUGGUGCAGUCCUGUCCAAAGCCCGUUGACUGCUAUGGUCUGUGACCGGGAGCAAGGGGUAGUGAUGACGGUAGACUACACGGGCCUUGUCAAGACCUGGCAGGGUCGAACGGGCCUGGAAUUGGCCUCCUACGCUUCAGGAUCUCCGCACUGCUCAUUACUACAGUACACCAUCAACAACCACUCCUUCCUUUCUGUAGGAACCAAUCAAGGAUUCUUGUCCACUUUAGUCCGCCCUGCUUUGUCUUUAAGUUCCCAAUUACUUGUAUGUGACUCUCUUCCGGUCAACCUACUGCUCGUUUCUCCGGACAAGAAGUGGGUCUUCGCUGCAUCCAAAAACAAAGCUAAUUCCAGUCCAAAGGUGAUCUACGCUGAGAGCUUGACCUCUGCCUCUGAGGGGGAGCCCCAGUGCCAGUGUCUGCCAGUCACCGAGUGCCAAGCGGCUGUCUUCAUACCCACCCAACCUGCCCGGCUGGCCACCAUCCAUCCCCUGGGCCACCGCUCGGUGGACAAAGCCCUCACUGUGUUGGACGUCAACAUGAAAAAGACCAAGUACAAGACGGAGAUCCAGGUCCAGCAGGUGGCAUCGUCUACUUUGCGGUUAAAGUGCAGAGCUUCUGACAUCUUGCUGGAAGCCAAGGACAGCAGUGCUCUAGUGGUGGCGGCUGACCAGGAACUCUGGCUCUUCUCGCUACAGGGAGUCUGUCUCGCUAGCUUCAAGAACCACACUGAACCCAUCUCCUCCAUCAGUGUGGAUAGUUUCCGUGUUGUGACAGCGUCGAGGGACCUCUCCCUACGGGUGCUGACGUGGAAGGAGGACGGAGACAAAGGAUUGACCCUGGAAAACCGCUACCACCUGCUGGGCGGCUCGCACACCAUGUCCAGGGGGUUCACUCACGUGGACUGUGACUACUCCAGCAUCGUGGCCUGUGCAGAGGGCCGAGAUGGAAAGGAUGUCCUGAGGGUGUACACGUUUACCUCCUGAGGGCCCUGGAGGCCCCCUGGGAAGACGCUUGGAACGAGGCAGGGGACACGGCCCAUCAGAAGGAGUUUUGCUUGCUUUUUAUUUUUGUCAUACAGAACUGAACAGAAGAACGCAUUGUGCUUCGGCAACUAGGCAUAACAUGAACAUGUGCAUGUUUAACAAAUGGGUUUAUAUGUCAACAUCACGGUUUGUUGCUACUGUAAUGGAAGAGGCAUUGAUAUAUAUUGUGGCUAAUUAUGUUUGUAAAUGCCUUUUGGUAAGGUAAAUCCUUCAAGAUAAUCUGUAAAAUCUAUAUUUGUCGUACUUUUGUGGCUGAUAUAUUUCGGUGUAUCUCCAAAGUGUUAAGGCAUAUACUGUACUGUAAAAAACUGCUCUAUGAUUUGGUCUUUAAUACAUUCGCUGUACUCCAUCAUGAUGUAAGUUAAUGUUUAAGAAGGCUUGAAAGGCCCUAAGUAUUAUGAAUUAUUAUUCAAUAUGGUGCAAGGCACAGAAACGGUCUCAGCCUGUCAUUACACAACUGAGUGUGAAGCUACACAACAAUUUGUGAGUGGCUAUUUGCUGGACAGCAACACAUUGGCAGCCUCGUCCUCUUCAAUGGCUUUCAGUCUCAUGUCCAAAAGGACCAACCUGAGCACGACCGCCAUGUUCUCGUACACACUCUUUCCUUCUGAGUCGUCUUCCAGCUGUUGAAAGGCAGGCAGACCGAGUAUUUUAGUCAGAGAAGUCAUUAUAUUUUGUACAGGACAACACUUAAAUCGUUUUUCUUACCUUUGUGAAAGCCUUGAUGGUGCGUCGCAGGAAGGCGUUCUCCAGGUCCUCUGGUAUCAACAACAAACGGGCCAUGCAGUCGAGCACACACACCAAUGUGAUUCUGGGAGCCUUGGGAUAACGAAAAAAUAUUAUUAUAGUAUUUCUUUCUGUUAAGGUGUUAGCGGUGUUAGAGAGGAGUUAAGAUCAUGGUGAUGGCAUUUCCGACCUGGUCCAGCGUAUCCAGUGCGGUCUGGGAGUCUGUGUUUUUGGGGUCCAGGCUCUCAGCAGCCUCGCGGUCGAUAGCGGGCUCUUUGAGCUGUUCCAGCCAAGCCCACAUCAGUCCGGUCAAGAUGAAUGGAUCCCUCUCCAUACACAGCCUCUCCCAGGCCCCGCCGUGGUUCAGCUCUGCCUGCCAAUGGGACACACCGCCAGACUCACCGCACAUCCUCUCGGAUGGAUGGAACUGACCAUCAAUUUGAAUGCUAGUGAAGAGUGUGUGUGUGGUGUAUGUGGACAUGAGUGAAUGAAGUACCUGCCAGAAAGAGACUGUGUGCCGGUGUUGGUCUUCACCAUCCUGGGUCAGAUCCACAGCCAGUGCCUGGGCCACCAGUAGCCUCCUAGCUUCCAAAGAGAGCUCUGUCUGCAGUGUGAUGAAGGGGACCUCCGACUCCUCGCAAUCUCUAGAAGGGGACCGCUUCAAACCGGCCCUCUGCUCCCUCUUCCACCUGAACAACAAGCUGCCGAUGGGGGACGAUCCCUUGUCGUUUUCAAAGGACCCCGUGCGAUGAAAGACCUCCUUUUUCCUUUUCAGCACGAGGGAGCCAUUCUCGGUGGUGAGAUUCUUCUGCUCCCAAAUGGAACCUUUCUGCCCUCGGCCCAGGGAAGCCAGCCGGGCAGGCUGCAUCAUGCAGGCCAUGUUGAGGUGACCUGUGGACAGGGAGCACGAGGCUUGACCCGGCAAGCUGAGCUCCGGGCCGAGCCGCCUCAGGUCCGAGUCGCUGUAGCUGAGACUCUUGCGGUGGUAGAAGAUGGCGGGCUCGUUGGCGUGCCUGGGUAAGGUGGGCGGUCCGGGGAGGCGCGGCCGCCCCCCCGGUCCGUACUCCAUGCUCAUCUUCUCCAUGAGGCUGAGGCUCAUCUCCACGUCGUUGAUGUCCGGGGCCUCCAGGAUGUCCUCCUCGAUGACCUCCCGGUUCUCGGCGAUGUCCACCAGCAGCUGGGACACCAGCUGGAUGAUCUUGGGCAGGUGUCUCAUCUCGCGUCGCUCCAGGCCGUGCAGCAUGUGUCUCUGGCGGACCAGGAACUGCCUCAGGGUGCAGGGGGAGGAGCGGGGGGAGGCGCACGAGAACACGCUCCUCAGAGGGUCGAGGAACCUGACGAACCUCCGGACACACUGCAGCUGACCUCUGGUCUGGAUGGAGUUGGGACGCUUGGCGCGCACGUAGAUGAUGGCCUGGUCCGCCGUCAGCCUGGAGGCGUAGGCCAGGAAACAAGCUAACAAUACCCCUGUAUUGGAAGAGGACCACAAAUCGUAACUGUUUAAAUUCAUUGGAACCCUCCGCCAAUUAUAUUCUAUACUAUACCCAAAAUAAAUACUAUAACAGCCCUAUUACUAAUUAGAAUGAUUAUUAUAAUUUAUCAUUACAUUAUUUUUACAUAUAUUAUAUUUCCGCACCUGUUCUUCCUAGACCAGCGUGGCAGUGGACUGCUAUUUUCCCCUCCUGCAUCGCAAACACCAUGACUUUCAUCAUGUCAAGUAUGUUUGCGUUGUUGGACACACCAUAGUCUUCCCAGCCAAAAUUGUAAAAAUAUACUGGUUGGAGGGGGAAAGGUUAUUACGUUUAGUUAAGAUGCGAUGGGCAGCCCCUGGAAAACAUCAAAAAUACAUCAAAGAAGACAACCAUGUUACUAGUCUGACAUCACUCACUAUCAUUGGCCAUGAAAACCUCCGGGCGGUAGGAGAAGCCGCUGUCGGGCUCAAGGGGGUUACCACAGCUGGCGUGUUCCCCGGGCUUCUGCAAGUUGAUCACUGAAGUUAUGCCAUUUCUUGAAACGCAAACAAAGAAACACACAUGCCAUUACUUUAACAUCAACAAAUCCUGACAUGAAAAACAGCUCCCAAAAGAUCCUAAAAAAAUAAAAAAAGCUGAUGUACCUUUUGAAUUGAUCUAUAAUUUUAUACU